AUGAACAUGACACCCCCGGCUUGCAACAUCAGGCGACAUUUACUUUCGGCGGUGCGGCGACGGUUACACUUGCUUCAGGUCUGUUUUUGUGGCUCGUCAUUUGAGAAAACAAGCAGUCGAUUGGAGCAGGUGACUCCGACUACCAGCAGCCCCUCUUUGGCCGACUAUCCUCCUCCACAUGACAUGGUACUGCCGGGCCUAUUCACGCCUGCCACGGAAAUAGUGGAAGAGUCCGACGAGUUAUCUACCCAGACCGGCGGAUUUCUCAGCCCGGGUGGGCCGGUCGGCCUUUCAGACUGGCCAGAUGCCGACCUGUUUCGACUGCUAUUGGUGCCCGGUACUCCCGUGGGUCCCAAAAGUCCCGGCGACUUGUCGGAGCCAACCAGUGGCCUGGGCAUCAGCAUCCAGUCGCUGCGCGACCAAGUCCCGGCUGACUGGUUGGACACGGGACUAUCUCCGAGCGCGACUGGCAUGAGUGACGCCAACAUGAUGCUGCAGAUGGGCAUCUAUCCGACACGCUUCACUGAAGGCGGCGCCUACACUCUGCCGGCAUUGACUUCGGCUCUGGGAAAUACCGACUGGCCGGCGGCUGGUGUGGCGACCAGCGGAAGUCGUACUCUGCCCACAUGUACGACUGAUCGAGUUCCGAUCCCACCGGCUCAUCUGCCCCAGCCAGGCGUUUUU